AUGUUAGAAGGUCUGAGAGGUUCGGAGGAGUUCUCCGAGGUGAGGUAUGGAGGACCGAUGAAGGCGACGCGAGGCGGAGUAUGCAAAGCAGGCGAGACUCCGCCCCUCCCGCCGCGCCUCGCCCCGCCUGCCGCACCCGACAAUCCUAAAAAACGGCUGCCUCUCGCGAAGGGUAAAACUUUUGUCUACAACCCUUGCACGUGCGCUAACACACACACAUAA